CUCGGCAAUAUGCCUGUCGUCAGCUUCAGCUUGCACACACGAAAACCAAAACGCGCAUCAGCACCAGCGCCUUCAUCAGCGUCCGGACGACCCUAGUAUUCGUCGCCGCCGCGUCGGCAGUAGCAAGCGUCGCCGUCGUUUAGUUAUAAAUAACAGACUUUUAGGUAUAACGCUAUUACCGUCGCGGUUCUCGAGUCAUUUUGGUGUCGAGCACUCUUUGUGACAGUAGCAUGUUGUUGUACGAUCCUGUGCUGAGUCUGAGUAUUCCUCAUUGUCAAAGUUAUAAGUGGUUGUGUGCGUCGAGUUAGUGUCCCGUUCCGUCGCGCAGGGCUCGGUGAGUCCCUUUCACCCCGUGUGAGUUGGUGGUAAUGGAAACUGCUGCGCGGCCACCGUGACCCGUGCAUGCGUGAGUGAAGUGACUCUGAGGAAUGUUCAUCCCUGACACGUUGCGCAGCUGCAUGGUGGAGCCCGAUGUGUCGUCGUACCUGCAGACGCCGUCCUCGGGACAGGACGAGUUCCACCCUUUUAUCGAAGCCCUCCUGCCCUUCGUCAAGUCAUUUUCUUACACGUGGUUCAACCUGCAAGCGGCGAAAAGAAAAUACUACAAAAAGCACGAAAAGAGAAUGUCUUUGGAAGAAGAACGACAAUGUAAAGAAGCAUUACAGAAUGAGAAGGCGGAAGUCAAACAAAAAUGGGCAUCUCGUCUCCUGGGAAAACUUCGAAAGGAUAUUACCCAAGAGUGUCGGGAGGACUUCGUUCUUAGUAUAACGGGUAAACGGCCCGCGGUGUGUGUACUUUCAAAUCCAGACCAAAAAGGCAAAAUGCGUCGGAUUGACUGUUUAAGACAAGCGGAUAAAGUGUGGCGUCUCGAUCUCGUAAUGGUGAUAUUAUUUAAAGCAAUUCCAUUGGAAAGCACGGAUGGUGAGCGUCUUGAAAAAAACCCUGACUGUGCGCAGCCGGGACUUUGUGUGAAUCCAUAUCAUAUUAAUGUGUCUGUGAGAGAGUUGGACCUUUAUUUAGCAAAUUUUAUUAAUAGUCACGAGAUACUCAGUGGGGUGUGUUUCAAUAAUAACAAUAACAAAAAGGAAGACGAUAGGAAAAACAAAGGUUUCACUCACAACCCUUACAACGGUGUAAUAUGUAAUGAUAUUAUCUUAGCUACCGGAGUGUUUUCGUCAAAGGAGUUAUGGAAACUAUCAAAAUCUUCGAUAUUACAUGAACUCUCCGAUUCACAACCAAAUAUGAACAACGUCAAAUUAGAACAUCCUGCGUAUUACUGCAAUAGUUAUCCCGAACAGUCUGUAGUUAAUUCUGAAAGAUCAUCAUCGGUUGAUGCGAUGGUCGUAUCUGCUACCUACUCUAUGCCUCAAAAUACCACGAUAGUGUCUUCCAGUUCGCAAGCUAGUCCAAAUACCUUAUAUUAUCAACAUAGCCCAGAGCCGCAACACCAUCAUCAAACCCAAGUGAAGUAUCCAGAAAAUGGUCAUGAUUCAUUGUCAGAUUUUGUUACUUUCGUAUGCCAGGAAACCGAUAAUAAUCAAAACGCACAAAUGCAGUCUAGUUUAUCGAGAAGUCCGAAACCGCAAUAUUUUCCAUCAACAAUGCUUCCACCUCCACCUUUACCGCCAAUGGCAAGGCCUGUAGCAAUUAUAAGAUCAACAGGCGAAGUUUCAAUGAGCGGUGCAAAUUCUCCUCCACCUAAUAUAACACCUCCGUGUAGUGAUGCUUCACCACCCGAAGAGGUUCCAGAACUCAGCUCAUCUCCGCCUCUCAGUCCAGGUAAUCACGAUCGAAGAAAAUCUCCGACGCAGCGAAAUUCUGUGCCUACAAGCAAUCCUUAUUCUCCGAGCAGGGAUUAUUCGUCAUUUAACCACUUCCACGGCCAGCCAGGACAUUUGUUCAGCUACCCCAGUAUGAGCGGAAUGUCUGGUGUUAUCAGCCCUACGAAUCUCAGUAUGUAUUCGCCCAACGUGAACACAGCUAGAGGAACGUCACGAUCUAAUAGUAUCCCUCGAUGGAGUACGCCACUCUUCAACCUCGACCAAGAAGACUUCAACAUGAUAACUCACACUUCGAAUACCGAACAAAAUGCUAUAAUUUUGAUGGACGAAGGUGCAGCCGCAGCUAGCGGCGAACAUACAUCGCAGUGUUGCAAUAAUUCGAACUUAAUCUGUGACGAUCGAUUUUUUCAAGCCAGUGAAACGUUAGAAUCGAACAACUCAUCGGCACCACGUGACACUGUCGAUCAGCUGUCUCAACCUUCCAAGUCACCCUAGCAAUGAACCAGAGAUAUGGAGGGUGGAACUGAAUAAUUAUGUAGAUUUUGUUGUUCAAUUUUAACGUCCAACUAAUCAAUCGUUUUACCUUAGAAUUUUUAUACUACUGGUUAAUGCAAUACUAAUUUUCUGUUCAAAAAGCAAUAAUAACUCUCCUUCAUAUCUCUGAGAUAUACGUCGACCAACAACGAACGAAAACUGCCUAUACGCAGCUUUUCUCUCCAGUUUAUGUGUGAAGUUUGGUUACAUUUUCAUUUUUUCUGCGCGCAAAUUUUAUGCGCAGCACCAACUGAUUGGUAUCUACGUUUACAUUUUGAUGUUAGAGAAAAGUAAGUGAUUUUUAUCUUUGAACGUCAAUUUGGUUGGUUCUCGGAAAGCAUAAUAUAGAAGCUGCUCAAGUAGUGUAGGUAAUUUAGAUUAUAUCAAAUCGUAUACUUAUUAUAGUAGCCACCGGUGCCAACAAAGGCUGUGCGAAUACUCGUUUUUUUCGAGACCAGUUAAUUCUACAAAAACCGACACAAUAUUAGAUUUGAUUGGCCUCUAUAAAUCGAGCACGUGCCCCCGAUAUUUGGUGAUUAUAUGAUCAGUUUGUGUCAUUUACUUAUCUAGUAAUGAUAGAGACCCCUUUAAUUUUUUUUUAUGAAUUAUCUAUUAAGUAUUUGACACUAAUCAUGUUAGUUUAAUUGCGCCCAAAUCUUACCCCCGGAACAAUAAAAUUCCUAUUAAGGUGAUUUGUGUUUCAAUUUUAGGAAAGAAGAUGGUUUGUUUUAUUUGGUUAGUCAAUUUAUUAUUCAAUUUUUUGUUUGUAUAAAAUGCCCGAAAGUAAGCUGAAAAUACUCAUUUUAAAAAAAGAUAAUUUCGCUAAUUAAUAGAUAAUAUUUCGGUAAAAAAAAACUACAAGUGACCUUAAUUAUUAACGAAUGAAAAGACUUUUUCGCCUGAUAUUUUACUACACGGUUUGUUCAAAAAGUUUGGCGUUGUAUAUAUACACAUCUUACUGAUUAAAUCAUAUUGAUAUUGUAUAUAGUGAUUAUUGUAAGCGCGCUAUAGCAUAUUUAUUAUGCUUGAAUACCACCAAUGAUUAAAAAAGGACAUCUUAAGAAAUAUACAGAUAGGUAUUUAGAUAUAUGUAUAAAUGACGACACUUAAAAAUAUUCCACUUAUAUGUAUGAUAUUUGAAAAAAAAAUUGAAAUUCAAUUUUUGCAAAAUAUUGCUUAACCAAGAUAUAUCUAAGCAAAAUUUCUGAAUAAUUUUGGUGAGCGACACAUCACGGGAAAUCUUAGUUAAGCAAUACCAAAAGCAUAUUUAUAAUUCCAGGUCAAAUUAAUAUCUACAAAUACGUGUAAUAUUUAUUCAAACAUAAAAAAAAAUCCUAAGAUGUCCUCUGAAAUAAAUAAAUAAUUCCCGUAAGUGGUAGUAUUUGAUAGAUUCAAAAGCAGCGUAACAGCAUUCUUAUAUUGGAAGACAAAAAUGAUUACAAAAUACCUGUAAAUAAAAUAAAAAGGGGGGAGGUUUUGAAAAGCGCAGUCAAUUCCGUUCCUAUAUAUUGUGUAGAAUAUUGAAAGUUGCUUGUCUUCCACAUUUAAUUAAAAAUAAAAAUGCUUGUGAUGUUUUUAUUCUGUAAAUGUCAGAGAAAAUUAUUUGCUUGUCGAAAUAAUUUUUCUAAGGACAUCCUUAGUCUGUACGUCAUUCUUCUCAAAUUGUGAAUUUUCUCGUAUCCUUUUCAACGUUUUUGCUACAUUGGCUAUAUUUUUUUUGUAUCAAGAAAUAAAUGCUACGAAUAGAAUUACACUUAAGAGCAUUGACUUUCGAUUAAGCAGUUAAGGACAACUCCAGACGCUUAUAUUUUUGACAAAAAAGCAAUUUUUGACACCCAUUGCCAAGAUCAUAAAAGCUUGAUGUGCAUCUACUCGUACCAUUGAAGUACCAAACCUUGACCCGGGCUAAUAAAAAAAUAUUUUAAAUUUUUAUCGUGUAAUUGUUCUCGAAUAGUAAUGUCACAAGCAUAAAAAACUGACGCUUGUCACGAGUACAAGCAGUGAGCUGGGUCCGUGCCUUAGUAUUACAAUAAUAUUGAAAUUGUUAAUUUAGCAGUUAGAAGUGUGUUUGAAAUGAGCUUACUCACUUUUUACUUAAAAAUAUGCUCCACACCGGCUGUUUGUUCAUACGUUUUAAGGCAGCUAACUUUACAUCCAGGGAUUUAUUAUUACCCUCUUACAUGAUUCCUGUAUCUGCAAUUCAGUGGGUGUUUUCUAGGCCCCACCUUCAAUAGCGUUUUUUCAAUGCCAGUUACACAAUUCCGCCCCUAUAUCGUACGGAUUUUGCUGGAAGCUGAUAUAUAAAAUUUACCUUCUUGCCAAAGUUUUUUUUUUGAGGCGGUCCUGCCGAAGCCAAGCAUAGCUGAGCGGCCGAAGAUGCACGAAUUUUAAUAGCAUGCAGGGACAAUCAAUGAUCCACCUUGAUGAUCCUGCAGCGAAAUGGAUAUCAGUCAACUGGUCCCAUUGAAGCCUAUGUGUUUAGUAGCCUGGUCCUAUCUGCAUGUAAUAAUUUCUGAUGACCCGACUUGACAUGGUUCAGUUGCCUAAAUUGUUUAUAAAUUCGUGGCUCUCAAUGUUAUUACAUUUUGUUGGACGUAUCUACGUGGCAACAGCUCGCAUCGAAAAUUAGACCGUCUCAAUUUUACCUUUAUCAAUGUUAUAGGACAACGAACAACCAUAAGUACACAUAUAAGGUAUAGAUAGCGCUCCACUUUUUCCAAAAACUGUUUCUACUCUCUGUAUAAUGUACAAUAUUUAGAUCUUUCGUAAUGUACCUGUUCGGUUAGAAAAAUUGGGCAAAAGCUGAUUUUUUGCUGUUGAAAAAUCUCUCAGAUCAUUUCCAUGGAGGAGAAAACUACACCAUAAUAAUAUGGUACAAUCAAAUUUAAUAUGUUUAUUUAAAUAAGAAAAAAAAAUUGUCAUUCGUUUUCCUUGGCCGUAAAAGUCAGCUUUCCCGAAUUUUUUCCUACAAAAAUAGCCAGACCUUGAUAUCAUCGAAAAACAAUUUGUAAUUCGUUUUUUUGUUUUCUUAAUAACAUUUUUCUGAUGUUUUAUAGUUUAUAGCUUUAAAAUCACACCAAAUAAUGCCUGGAUAUAAAUUUAGUGAAAACCAAUACAAGUUGUUACACCUAAUAUCCUAUUUGUAGUUAUUUUUAGUAACUUUAUUCAUGAAGCACAAUAAUUAACAUUACCUCAUCUCUGUGCUAGAAGUUUCUAUUUUAUUGAGCAAUUUUUUCAAUCUUCAUUUUUCUAAAUAAUAACUUCUUUUGAAAGCAGGUCAAAUAAAUAAGUUAUUAUUUGGGUGAUUAAAUUGAUAAAAAAGUGUGUCGUAGUGACUGUUAAGCUUAUUCCAAGUAGAAACUUGCCUAUACCUUGUUUCUAAAUUUCGAUUUUUGCCUGGAUUUAAGAUUGAGCUUAAAGUUGAUUAUUAUUAAAAAAUCUGGCACGAAUAAAAGGCACACGGAAAUUUUUAGGUACCUACUUAAAAAAAACACGUCCUUCAAAUUUUCAAUUUAUUUAGAUAUACAACUUCGCCAAUGUACGUUCUAGAAAAUUUAAAGAUUAUGUCUAUAAAAGAAUAAUUUUUAUAAUAAAAGCUUGGAAACGCCAUUUUAUAUAUCUGUUUUGUUGGUUAUGUUUUCUUGAUUUAGGCGUAAAAGUAUUAACAUUAAUUUAGUGAAUAAGACAAUAAUUUAAACUAAAUGUACUAGAGUCAUUAGGUGAACAAGAUUUGUACUUUUCUAUGCACAAAUGACGCUUCACGAAUCAACACAUUUGAAAGUGUUGUUUAUUUUCAGUAACGUCAUUUUAUUUUAACCCAACUAAUCAUAAGCCAAUAGAAUUUCACUUACAAAUCUUGUUCUAUCUAUGAAGUCUAUAUAAUAAAAAUAUUUUAUUAUUUUGUUCUCUUUCUAUUUUGUACAAAUUGUGUGAUACCCAUUGAAUAUUUACUUAUUUAAUUGAUAUUGUAUGUUACGUUAUUGUGUUAAAUUUUGUUAAUUUAGUAUUAAUAUUUGAAAAAAAAACAUUGUAGGAAUAUUAGUUUUUCAACAAAAUAUCCAACUCGAUACGAAACUUAUUUUGUUUUUACGACACUAUAAAUUGAAACUUAUUGUAAAUAGCUAAUGGAAAAUAUUCGUUACAUUUUCGCGUAUAAAUAUUUAUAGAAUCGGGUGAUAUUUAACCAGUGCCAUUGAUUGUUGAUUAAAUUGUUAGACGUAUUUACGUAACUACGUCACGUAGUGAUUAUGUUAUAAUUAUUAGCAGGCUUGAGAUAAGCAUUGUACUUACCUUUAAUUUUAAGAAUAAAUCAGAGGGUUUCUUUA